GUUACCUCUUCAAGAACUGUUUCUCUAGAUACGUGAGGUAACACACAUCAUAAGAGCCGUCCAAGGUCAUUGAAGACAGUGCAUCACCCGGCAGGACUCACGGAGGACAACCAACACACCGAUCGGAGAACGCCUCAACAGAUGGGGAUGGGUUUUACUGGUUUAUGCUGAAUAUCUCCGUUUCAUCUGACACAGUUUCGUAGUUGGUUCAGGCCAGCCGCUGUUGAAAGAUAGACAACCUCCCUUCUCCAGUCUGGUUGAAUAUCGACAUACUGAGCACCAGACUACGGGUUGCAUCGUGGCAAGAAUCCCUUCAAGACACGAAAGGCCCGUUUCAAGCCCGAUCAUUUCUGAAGCCGAACAACACACGCCAUGGAUUCUAGGCCGGUUUGCCACAUAGUGACCCCGGUUGGCUGCAUGGGUUACGGGUUCGACGAGAACCUCGUGGCCCAAGAGCUGACACAGCUCGCCCCCAGCAAGAUUCCAACCGCCAUCAUCCUCGACGCAGGAUCGACUGACAGUGGCCCCGAAAAGCUGGCUCUCGGAACCAUGACUUGCCCGCGCUCGGCCUAUGUCAAGGAUCUUACCAAGUUGUUGAGACUGGUGCACAAGUUUCGAGUUCCGUUGAUCUUUAGCUCUGCCGGAGGGGACGGUUCCGAUGAACACGUAAGGUUGAUGGAGGAGAUUAUCGAAGAAAUAUCCGCAAAAGAUACGAACCAGCAUUACUCAUUUAAGACCAUCUCCCUCUUCUCGGGCAUCGACAAGUCGGUAAUCCUCGAGCGUCUCAGCGCCGGUCGCAUCAGCGGGUGCGGAGCGUGCGUUCCAGAAUUGACUGCGAAAGACGUAACAGAAUCUCCUCGAGUUCUUGCGCAGAUCGGACCGGAGCCCUUUAUCGACGCUAUGGAGGCCACGCCGGACUUCAAUGUGAUCAUCGGCGGCCGGGCAUACGACCCUGCCCCUUAUGUCGCUUUCUCGAUGUACCAGCUCAAAUUGCAGCACCCAGAUAUUAGCCCCGAGCAGCUGGAAUCAUGCCACGGGGGACUCCUGCAUAUGGGCAAGAUCAUAGAAUGCGGCGGGUUAUGCUCGACGCCCAAGUCCCAUGGAGCAAUUGCCACUGUCUACGUAGAUGGGACUUUUGACGUAAAACCGAUCGCCCCUGGGUCGCGUUGCACACCUUUGUCCGUCGCUGCGCAUUCGCUAUACGAGAACACGCGGCCUGAUGUCCUGCGAGGUCCCGGCGGUGCGCUUCACCUGGACCAGGCCCACUACAAGCAGCUCGAAGACGGACGUACAGUUCGUGUCCACGGAGGGAGGUUCAUUUCUUCGGCUUCCCACGGCCAGCCGUAUCAACUCAAGUUGGAGGCUGCGCGGGUUCUGGGUUACCGGUCCAUCGUCAUGGGCAGCAUGCGGGAUCACAUUCUUGUCCGGCAGCUGGACGACUUCCUCGUCUCGGUCAAAGCAUAUGUCAAACAACAGCAUUCGGGUAUACCCGGAGACUGGGACCUUGAUUUUCACGUUUACGGCAGGGGACAGAGCACGCCCACAGGUCCGGGUGAGGUGUUCAUCGUCGUGGAAGCUGUCGCGCCGACUCAGCAACUCGCAACGGGCCUUGCAUCUACAGCAAGGAUUGCCUUGAUCGUUAGUAUCACAAUCCAGGUGAAGCUCGUUGGGGUCGCUAACAAGCAUGGCAGCACGGGCCGUACCCGGGUCAAAAAGCAACUUCGGGCAACUUUGCGUUUGGCCUCGCCGGGAAGCUGGAGAUCGAGACAGGGCCUUGUGCCCAGUUCUCCGUAUACCACCUCAUGGACCUAGAACGAGGCGAAGAACGACUUUCCUCCCCUUUUAAAGAUGAGACUGGAAGAUGUCUCGUUCAUGCUAGCAUCUCCGUCAUUGGGAAAGGUGAACAGGCUCAAAUCCCCAAUGAUUCGCUUGAGGGGAGCAGGGCUGC